AUCUAUAAAGGCAUGGAUUAAUGUCGUUCACCUGCUUAGAGACCACCUCCAACCGCCAAGAGCCCUUCAAACCCUCUACCUCUCAGGUCGCUAACGAUUCUCACUUUAGCACUGGUCCCAGGCGCCUCCUGGCGGCUGUUUCCGGAAGUAGCCUCUGAGUUUCGGGGUCCUGGCCGGGGCCAGGUCUGUCUAAGGAUUUACCUAAGUGUAGAGACCUCGUCUCCGCCUUUCCCCACUACCCGUUGAGGAUUUGACGACGGCGAUGAAGGGGCUGGGGUUAAUGCGAAGGAGGUGUCUGGCGGCCUCUCCACUCCCUGAAGGAUGGCGGAGUCAGGCGGUCCUCGGGCAGCUCGCGACCCGGAAGUCGCCGCCGGCGCGAGGCCCCCGUUGCCGAGCGCGGGCGCGAGGGGCGGAGCUUGGCGGAGACUGGGAAGGGGGUCGCCGCGGCUCCCGCUCGUCAAGUUGGCGGCUCCCUGAGGCGCUGCUAGGCGGGCGUUGAGUGUGCAGGGCGGGUGGCCGCGGUCCCCGGGUGGCGCUCUCGGCUGUUGUCAGAAGCGACAUGAGUGCCGCCGGGCUGUUGGCUCCGGCUCCGGCCCCGGCUGGAGCGCCGCCGGCUCCGGAGUAUUAUCCGGAGGAGGAUGAAGAGCUGGAGAGCGCCGAGGACGACGAGCGCAGCUGCCGGGGCCGCGAGUCUGACGAAGAUACUGAGGAUGCUAGCGAAACUGACCUGGCAAAGCAUGAUGAAGAGGACUAUGUAGAAAUGAAGGAACAGAUGUAUCAGGAUAAACUGGCUUCUCUCAAGAGACAGUUGCAACAGCUGCAGGAAGGUACAUUACAAGAAUAUCAGAAGAGGAUGAAAAAACUAGAUCAGCAGUAUAAAGAGAGGAUACGAAAUGCAGAACUCUUCCUCCAGCUAGAAACUGAACAAGUGGAAAGAAAUUACAUUAAAGAAAAGAAGGCAGCAGUGAAAGAGUUUGAGGACAAGAAGGUGGAGCUGAAGGAAAACCUGAUUGCUGAGUUGGAAGAAAAGAAGAAAAUGAUUGAAAAUGAAAAGCUAACUAUGGAACUGACUGGAGAUUCUAUGGAAGUGAAGCCCAUCAUGACCAGAAAGUUGCGGAGGCGACCGAAUGAUCCUGUCCCCAUUCCAGACAAGAGGAGAAAGCCUGCUCCUGCCCAGCUUAACUACUUGUUAACAGAUGAACAGAUCAUGGAGGAUCUGAGAACCUUAAAUAAGCUUAAGUCACCCAAGAGACCAGCAUCCCCGUCCUCUCCCGAACACUUGCCUGCCACACCUGCAGAGUCUCCAGCCCAGAGAUUUGAAGCCCGGAUAGAAGAUGGAAAGUUGUACUAUGAUAAAAGAUGGUACCACAAGAGCCAAGCCAUCUAUUUGGAGUCCAAGGACAACCAGAAACUGAGCUGUGUGAUCAGCUCUGUUGGAGCCAAUGAGAUCUGGGUGAGGAAGACAAGUGACAGCACCAAGAUGAGGAUUUACCUGGGCCAGCUUCAGCGCGGGCUCUUUGUGAUCCGGCGGAGGUCCGCGGCUUGACUUUCUCCAGUACUCUGCUUCCCCCGACCCUUUUUCAGGAGUGGUGUUUUGUUUCGUUUUCUUCUUACUGGAAAGUGUUUAACUUGGGAAUUGCUCCUUGGCCUUGGAAAAUGGAGAACACGGUGGUGGAUUCUGAAAGGCACUUUUGUGGCCAGCCACUUCCAUCUUUGUUUUAUUCUUUCCUGCCUCGACUUCUUCCAGCCAUCAGUCGCCAUGAGACUGUACAGGAGUAUUGGGAGUUUGAUUGACUUAUUUCUUUAUUUUUUGCCUUGUGUGUGUGCGUUUUAAAGCCUUAUUUGAGUUCGAAGGGACUUCUCUUUUUAUUAAUUAUCUUAAGUUCUUUCUACCAUGAAGAGGAACGGAAAGGGAUACACUCUACGAGGCAUUUCAUGUUUUAAAUCAGAUUAGUGGAGCACAUCGCUCCUUCUCUUGUUGAGCCCAAUUCAGUGUUCCCCCAGAAGCCUGGGGCAGAGGGCCUAGAAGAAGGAGAUGGAUUCUCCUGGCUCGCAGCCUUCUCAGAGAAAUAAAUGCCUUGUGUAACAUCUGGCGUAGGCCAUCCAUUCCACUGGCUGAACAGACAGAAAUAUUUGCCCGGGGGGACUACGUGCACCGAAGCAAUUAGGGCUCGGGGAGGGGGCGUUUCAUAUUCAUCAUGUGCCGAAGAUACCGUAUUUUAAAUUAUUUAAUGCAAGUGGUUUAUUCAAACACAUUUGUUCUAGCUCAAGCUGGAACAUGAAGUGGUCAUUUCAGACGUUUUCAUUUGUAAUUCACUUCUCUCCCCUGUUCGUGGGUAAGUGAAGUGGUACCUGCCACAGGCUGAUUAUCUGGGUUGUCUGUUGAAGGUGGGGAGGUGAGAUUGGUGGUACAGUAAUCAGUGGUCUGCAGACUCUCACUCAUAAUUCAAAUUGCACUCUGGUCACCAAUGCCAUUAUUGCACAUUGGCCGUUCCAAACCCAUUGAAUCUUCUUGUUGACCCUCCUAGCCUCCCAGGAGGUCUGGCCCAGGUCAAAGACAAAGAAAGCUCUGCCGUGGCUGCCACUAAACCUACCCUCUUCCUAAUGAAUCCUUGUGAAACAGCCUCCCCCACACUCCCCGCUCCCUCCCCCUCAUUCCUGUAACUAGAGAAAUGAUUCAUUGGGUGGUGGGGUUUUUAAUAUUGUAGUUGCCACCUGAUGAUGUUUAUAAAGUAUUUGGGGUUAGAGCCAGUGUUAGCAUCUCUGUGGGCAACCAGUAGACUUUCCGCAUCCUAGGAAAUCUCUGUAAGUAAUUCCUUUGGUCUCCAGGAUUCCCGUUGUUGUGUCUCUUGAUGAACACACCCCAAAGCAAGUCAGGGGCUGUGAUGACAAAUAAGUCACCUUCUCCAAAGUCCUGACUUCAACAGAGACCAAACCUUACUCAGAGUCAAGACUUGUACAGAUAGAUUUUUGUUUUAAUUUAUAAUCUAUUUUUUCUCUCAGUUUUUUUCCUGGUGUUGGAAUCUCAUUUAGAAAACAGGAUAAAGGAUGCUGUUUAUCAAAAGUUGCCUGGGCCUUCUGUGUUUCUUCUCUCUCCUGAGUCCCCCAUUAUUAGGAUAUUUACUCCAGGGAACCAAGUCCACAGUAAACGCGGGUUUCACCUUUUGUUUCUUCUUGGUGGCCUUGGCUGUAAGGGAGGCUCUCUUUUGCUUGAAUUGUCACUGUGGUGUGUGAAACAUCCCAUAAUACCAGGUAGCUCUUGGUUAUCUUCCAGUGCCCGGUGAUGGAAAUUAUCGCGAUUUAUUUAGUGUGUGUUUCCAUCGAAGGUUUUUGCUUUUGUGUUCAUGUUUGUCUUAACUUGUCUUCCUAACAGUACACCAAAGUUUGUUUUUUUCUGGAAAGGAUUGUAUUGCUAACUGUUGGGGGUUCAGCAUCGAAGCAGCAACAAGUUGCCUUUUUCCCUCGCAUUGUCUAGUGGCACCUUUGUGCUUUUGUGAAGUGAACUAUUUGAAGACCAGGGAUGGGGCACAUUGGCCUUUUCUGUAAAUUUGAGGGUGUUUGAGGCCAUGCUUAGGCCUGGUCUCGCCCCGUCACUGCCUCCUGCGCCUCAGGAAUCUCACAACCGUUAAAAUCGUGAUCUGGUGAAAAUGGAGGAAAAGGCGAAGUGGACUUGAGAACACAGCACAGUAAAUUAUAUUCUUGAUAUCAGAUUUAAUUUUUUAUUUAGUGACUCUAGAGAUGAAAAAAUCAGCAUUUCAACACUCAGGUGUUGACCAGGGUGGAAGGGUCCCCCUUGUUAGGAGGUAGAGGAGCGUUUGUGAUGGGCAAAGCUAACUAUAAGGGAAGAACAGCCUUUGUGAUUCCUGGAGUAAGAGGGGGCUGGCUUUUAGCCCAGGUGGCCAUUCUUAUUCCAAAAGGUCUUUGUGUCUCACUAGACCCCAGGGCACCAGAUGAAUUCCCAGGUUCAAACUAUUUCCUGCCAGUGAUACUUCCCAUAAAGGUUGGUCCAGACAGUUCUGACCAAGAACCUGUACAUGUGUGAUUCUGAGAAAGAACCUCUUACGCGAGGCAUUUGCCUCAAGGAUUAUAUACAGUGUUUGCUGAGGAUGUGUCCCAAUAUUUAUUUUACCUCCUCUUGGGAGUUUUGUGUGUCUCCUCCUCCCUCCUCCCUCUGUCCCUAAGCCAGUGUCCUCUUGAACAAUUUCCCUAUUUCUGUAGUCAUACCAAAGCCAGGAUGUUUGUAUUCAUUUGGAUACCAGUAUUGAUGGAUGUCUCACUACCUAACAUAGCUUAAUUUUUUUUAGAAAAACUUCUAACUGGGGCCAGUGUAAGAAACCAGAGGUAGAUCUGCAAAUCAAACUACUUGUAUUUGUUUGCGAGACCCUGUGUGCAGGAUUGGGUGACUUUUCUAAGAGAAAUAUUGGGGGGGAUGGGGGCUGGUUGCAUUUUUUUAACCUAACUUGGGGGAAAAUCCUAUUUUUUACAGUGUUCUUGUUUUUGUUUUUCUAUUAACAUUUCCUUUUAGCCUUGAAUUUUUACUAAAUUUCCUCCUGGUUUAAAAAUCUUGUUUCUAAUCUGGGAAUUUGAAAUCUCGGUGUUUAAUGUUACCCCAAUUUUUUCCAAAGAGUUCAAACCACUUUAAUACUAGAACAUGGUAAAAAAUGUGCAGCCAUUUCAAGUAACUGGUGGGCCUUUUAUACAAUAACAUCAUUAACUGGUACCAUUAAAUGUCCUGAAAGGUGAAUGUAAAAUGUAAAAAGUAUAGGGGUCUUUUUUUUUUUAAUAAAUAACAAUAAACUUUCAAAGAGAAAAC